AAACUUUAAACUGGGCAUGCGCGCACCGCGCUAGCAUACGAUAGUGAGACCUCCUCUUUCGACGUUUUUCUCAGUAUAAUGAUCCGCCACCGCCACCGUUGCUGGUAGAGGCGAUGAUGAUAAUGAUAAAUGAUAAUAAUAAUAAUAAUAAUACCACAACAGAACGCGCCAUAAUACUAAAGCGUUAAGCGACUCUUGUGUUUUCUUCGUCCAUCCGUUAUCGCGUCUGUACGCCGUUCGAGUGUUGCUCAAUAGCGAAUCCCAUUUUUGUUACCUUUCAUUUUUUUUUGGCUUAAUAUUUUCCUUGCCCCAUUCGGCCUUUUGCGAGCUCGCACCAGUUGCGGAGGCUUAGAGCUAUGGACGUCGAUAAUGAACCGGCAUCAGACGAUGUGGAAUCCACAGAAGCCGUCCGUUUCAUUUUUGGCCUACUGGACGAUAUAAACAAGCGCAUCGACGUGAAAUUACCGGCUGGUAUACUUGACUACCUUUGUGUAUCAGAAAUUCAAAUGCUAGUUGAUGAUAACAUAAACUCAAAAAAUUAUAAAUUCUCAGAAGAUGGCCAAAGAUUAAUACAUUUUAUCCUAUACUUAAAUACUGAGAUGACAAAUUGUAAUUGGGUUAGAGAAGAUCCAUUGCUAAACCUCAAACAAUAUGUUCAUGGCAAUACCCUCUCAAAUAACCUAUACUAUAAACUCGUGGAUAUAUUGAAUUUAAAGCCAUUUAUAUCCGAAAUUAUAAUGUAUACUCCUUAUAGUUUUUGCAGCGAUUUAAUUGAUAUAAGCUUAAAUAAAAUAAAAGCUAUAGAUGGACUUUCACAAUUAGUUGAUACUGAAAAUCUAGUUGUUUCUUUGAUGAAAUCUGUUAAACGUGGGCCUAUAAGAUCUAAUUCAGAAAGUUCUGUGAUCGGCCACUUCAAUCAAGCCAUGCUAGUAUUUGGCAAGGAUAAUUUACCGCAUGAUAUAAGAAGACUUGAUUUUGAAGAUGAACAAAAAGAAAUAACAAGAUAUAAUGGAUUUCGGGUGAAAAGCAUAUUUAACAUCUUUAUAGAGAUGAUUAAAUACAGAAGUGUUCCUGAUGCUUAUAGACUGUAUCCACUGUAUACAUUAACAUCAUUACGUUCUUCUAUUCCAUCAACAGAUACUGGACAUGUUAUAUUUAAAAAAUGUUUUGAUGUGAUUAUGUAUAAGUGUAUGAAUAUGUGCAAUUUCAGCAUUGAUACUUGGAUUGCUUGGUAUGAAGUGGAAGUUGUUGAAGAAGACACAAAUCUACAAGCAGCUAUUGGACAUCUGUGUUAUGAAUUGUGUAGUUUAAUAGAUAAUGGAACUAUUAAUGAACGCUUAUUAAAAGAAUUCAGGCCAAUUCUACGUAAUAUAGCCAUAGAAAAGAUUGAUUUUAGUAAUAUUGAUAUCACUGACAUUGAUGCAAUGGCUAAACGUGUGGAGAGUUCUUCCAAAUUUCAUCUCAACGCUUGGGUGAAAAAAAUGAUUGAAAACCCAGGUGUUUUCGUUCAUAACCGUGCCAUUCAAGUAAUUGGCAACUACAUAGACUGUGUUGAUUACAACUGUUUCAAAGCCAUCAUUGACAGUAGUAUGGCUUAUCAUAAAAAUGGAGGUGAAGUGUCUGAAGCUUUGGGAAAGGUAAUAUUUAAAGGACUCAAACACUUGGAUUUAGAAGAUACAUCGUGUAUUCUAAGACAUGUUAUGGUCCACUAUGCCGAUUGUACAUUUUAUGUAUCAAAUGAUUUCGAUGAAUUAUUACAUUAUGUUACACAUAAUGAGUAUAAUGACAAUAUUGAUCCACAAGAAUUACUGUCCACAUUGAUUUGGCUUAUUAUUCAACAACCAAGAAAAAUGUUGAAUUUAUUAAUAUCGCAAUAUGUCACCGGUAUUUGUGGAUUACCAGUCAAAGGAAUCGAAUCUAAGAGAUCAUGUUGCCACCAAGGGUUGGUUGGUAUUCAUGCACACAUGGAUCCUUCUUAUAUUUACCAAGAAUACAUGAACUGGUUGUCUUUUGAUUUAAAUUUAUCAGUAGAUCAAAAACAAAACCUUCGUCAAUGGAUUUUAGGAACUACCAAACAUCUACGUGUAAUGAAACCAAAAGCAUUUCUUUCAUAUGUCUUAUUACCUCUUCUAAACCCUUCACCAAAUUAUGAUCAUAUGCUGUUUUUGGCUACUUUAACUAAAAUGAUCUUGAAUGAAUGUCAUAUUAUGACACUUCCUUACAUAGAAAUCUGGGAUACACUACUUAUUAAAUUGGCUAAAAUACUGGAUGAUGCACGUUGGAGCAUUAAUAAUUAUUCAAAUGUUAAAGUUGAAAUAUGUGAAAAGAUGAUCGUAACUAUACAACCUCUUCUGCACUAUGUUUCGUAUAUAGAUCAUCAAGCUAAGGCAGAAUCUUUGGAAAAUAUCAAACAAGAAUUAUCGGGUUUACAUUUAAUGACUCGUUCUCAUUUCUUACGUUUAUGGACAUCUGAAUAUAUUACAAUAGAUGGAAUGGAUGAACAUUUGAUCAUGACUAUUCAAUCACAGAGUCAUAUUUCAUAUUCUAAUUUGAAUAGAUCAUCAACUCAAAGAGCUCAAGAAGAAUUUAUUUUCAGCAUUGCAACAUUUAUGCCAAAGUUCACAUUGCAUGAAAUGAAAAGUUUCAUAGCAAAUUACUUAAGUUCAGCAAAACCUCCAAACAUGAUAGAUGCAUCAUUUUUCUUAUUGGAAAGUGUGAUGAACUCUAUCAUGCGAAUUAUAGUGUACUUGAAAACUGCUGUACAAAAUGAACCUUACGAUAAUCAAUGUGCGUGGGCCUAUGUAGAAAAUACUAUUGUCAACUUUUUAGAUGCUGUAAAUACAUCAAAAAUGUGUUGUAUUUAUGAAGAUGAAAUCGAUGUGGCUUUGGCAAUCAACAGUGUUACUAAAAUUGUAAUGGUAAUAAAACAGCUUGAAAAUAUUCGUCAAAUGCCUUUAUUGAUUGUUAUACGUCGCUUGAUUGAUUUAAUUGUUAUACGGAUGGAACCUGCCGAAAUUUCAAAAGUUUUGUCUCUGUUAGCUUCUAUAAAAUCUCCAAAUUCUAGAAAAACAUUAAGAACUUCUAUUCAACGUUUGAUGAAUAAUCUUAUCAUCAAAAAACAACGCGUAGAAGAAGUAUCCCACCAAGGCUGAAAUUCCAAAUGUACAAGGAAACAAUUAUGUUUCAUUUUUGGCACUCUUUUAAAUACAAACAUAUACUAUGAAUAUAAGAGUAAAACAUGUUUUAGUAUUUUAAUGUUAAAUGUUAUUAUUUAAUUAUUAUUACAUACAUUUAUUGUUUCACAGGUUUAUAGUUAAUUAUUAUUAUUUUGAAUUAAUAAUUUGUUUUCCUAAUUAGAUCUCAUUGAUAAGAUAACUAAUAAGGGUUGACAAUGAGUGAGGUUAUAUUUAUAAUAUAAUAACAAUUAAUGAAAAGUUACAACAGUAAAAUAAAUCACAUAUUAAGCUGAUUAUUUUUGAAUAAUAAAACCUUAUAAUGUAUUGGGUUACAAUUUUUAUUUGAUCAUAAUUUAUUAAUAUGGAUGUAAUUAUAUUAAAGUAACUAUUCCGUUAAAUAUUUAAGAUACUAUUAUUUAUUUUGUUUAUCAUUAUAUAUAAUACUUUUUUUUUAAUACUGAAAAGUAUAUUAUAUUUUAAUGUACUUUGACUGAUUAUUGUCAUUUAUACUAUUACUUUUUUGAUAUUAUAAGAUUGUCAUACUUUUACUUUUUUUUUUAUAUAUUAUUGAAUUAUUCCACAUUAAUUGUAUUGUGUUAUAAAUAGCUUAUUUAAAGUUCCUAAGUUAUUAUCAGCAGUUUAAAUUUAACAAUUGAAAUAUUGUGUAAUUUAAAUAAUUUCUUAAAUUAUGAAAAUAACAGGAUAGGAACUGUAUGAUUUAUCAUAAACUGGCAUUGUUCUUUUUCUUAUAUUAUGUAUACAACUAAUUAACUUGGAUAACUUUAUGUUGUGAAAAUAUAAAGACAACUUUAUUCUUUCUGGCAUCCCUCCAAAUCGUUCAUUGUAUGUAUAUUGAUUUUAAUCUAUACUUAAUUUUUGUUUCGUAACUUCAAUUAUUGUAUCAUCAGUUGCUUAUUGAUAAUAGUGGCCAUACUUUAUAACAAAAUUAAUUAAACUAAAAUCUUUAUUUGCACUAAAACAUGCCCACCAAAUGUCCAACUUGAAACUGCAUUAUUGUACCAUAGUUUUUUAAAUAUGUAAACCAAUUGUAUGAGGUAUAAUUGUCAAUAUUCUUAAUUAUAUUACUUUUUAUUAUAUUGCUUAUUAGAACACAUAAUAUGUCAAAUAGAGUAUUAAUUUACAUAAACAAUAUGAAUUUGUAUAAUAUUUAUCAAUUAUUAUUGUUUAUUUUCAUGAGAAUUUUAUAUUCGAUUAUUUUGUGUUCAUCAUGCAAAAAUAGAUUAAGUUUAACUUGUACUUAUUUUACAAUUUGUUGUGUUUUACGUUUGUUAAUAACAAAAGUCGUCGUUUGAACAAUAGUCACAAAAAAAUAAGAACUAGAUUAUAAUUACAUUUUCUUUUUAAAAAAGUAAUAAACAAUAUGUAUUAUGAAUAAUAAUUAUUUGUCUGUUUGUGUUAGAUCAUAAACUCUUAAGUUAUUAUGAUGCACGGGUUGAGGGUAACAAUAUUAUGAAAUUAACUGACAAAAUAUUUUGUUAGUUUCAAAUUGUCUAACCCUGGUUGUAAGUGUUGUAACAUAUUAAAAAGUCAUAUUCAUGUCUUAAUAAUAUGUUAAUAUUCCUCUUUUUUUGUAAUGAGAUUCUAAUUUCAAACUUAUAAAUUAUUAUAUCUUAACUAUUAUAAUAUAAACAAAAAUUAAUAUACCCCAUAUGG